GUGAUAUGAUUGGAUUAUCUUGUAUAGAUCAAAAGGUAGUCUAUAAUGCAAAAGGUCUAUUGAAAAACAAAUGUACUUCUCAAAUUCAUUGUCGGAAUUGAACUCAAAAUAGUUGGCUGUAGUUUAUACGUGAAUUGGUGUACUUAUUACGACAUUUCUCGUAUCUUGGGCAUCCAUUAUAAGUACAUGGUUUAUUUUAUAUAUAGUAAAUAAUAAUAAGCCAAAAAGUCAAAUCCAAAAGACAGUAAAAAGGACUGCAGAGUAUUUUUUCUCUUGGGGUUAGGGAGACAUUUAAUCUGUCAGCCCCCAAAAUAAAACUAUUGGGGCUGGCCAUCAGUCCUUGAGUUUUUUCAUGAGUAGUGCUCCAGUGUUAGACUGUUAGUAUUAGAUCAGAAGGUGAACGAUAUCAAUUACGUUAUAUGAAGUACUGGCAUGAAAAGUAGUUUUGGAAAGAAGCAAUUUGAAUAUUUGAAAGAUGGACGUUUCUUGUUGCUGAGGUUUUUCAAAGUAAAAUAAAAUGGUAUAGUCUGUUGUAAUUUAAUGGCAUCAGCUGGGAAAGUCAGAAAACAAAGUGAAUCACCCACUGAACACUGGACGGACGACUUGCCAAUAUGCACUCAAUCUGGGGUAGGGUUUUCUCCAAACCAGCGUUAUCGUGUUGAUGGCGGAAGACGCGAGGAACACGAGUUUGAAGAUCGAAGCUUUCACUUUCAUUUCGAGGAUAAAGAUUGUUAUUUAUAUGGUGUUUUUGAUGGUUACAAUGGCAAGAAUGCAGCAGAGUUUGCAGCUCAAAAACUUCCUGCAGAAUUAUUGUUAGGACAACUCACAGAUGAUAUGAAUGAUGAAGAUAUCAAGAUUGUUCUUAGGCAAGCUAUAAUGGAAGUAGAGAAAGGAUUUUUUGACUCUAUUGGUGAUAAACUGGUUGAAAAGACUUUAAUAGAGGAAGAAAUUGCUGGUCUCAACCAGUAUGAUGCUGUUCAACAGUUUCCUGUGAAAGUGGAAAGGCUUCGUCUUAUUGAACAAGAGAUAGCUUGUGGUACAACUGCGGUUGUGGCAUUAAUCUAUAAUAAUAAAUUAUUUUUGACCAAUGUUGGUAACUCCAGAGCUGUCUUGUGCACCACUGAUAGUAAUGGACGACUUCAUGUACAACAGUUAAGUGCAGAUCACAUAAUUGGAAAUCAGAAUGAGCUGAUCAGAUUAUCUCAUCUGGGGUUGGAUGUUGAAAACAUAAGACGUGGACCAAAGUUUGGUAAUCAUGAAUCAACAAGAUGUAUUGGUGAUUAUACUGUGAAGGGAGGUUAUAAAGAAUUUGAUAUAUUGAGUUCUGCUACUGACGAGCCUGUCAUUGCUGAACCAGAUAUUUUUGGUGGCAUACCUAUUGAUGACUCGUUUUAUUUGUUUGUGUUGAUGUCGGAUGGCUUGUACAAAUCUUUAGAAGAUUCUAAAGUCCUGAACCAAGACGUCAAUGUUGAGAUUGUUGGUUUAAUUGCAACUGAACUGCAAGCCCAGUCUACAAUAAAUGGUGUUUGUCAGGCUGUAGUUGAUAGAAUAUGUCGAUACCACCAUGAUUGCUUUAUGAAUGAGAAUAAACUUUGUGAAAGAAGAGAUGAUAUGACUCUGCUUUUGCGGUUGUUUAAUGCCCAGCUGGGUGGAAAUACAACAAGCCCUGUUUCACCUCUGACCAACUUUCAUCCCUUCUCAGGUCAGAAGAAUCUUGGCUUUGUCCAAUUCCCUCUUCCAACAAAUGGUGGUAUUUUGUCAUCCAGCUACUCAGCUGUGACAGAUCUUCCUUAUUCUACUCCUGGUGAAACAAUGCCUGUGCCUUCAGAUACAACAAUGUCUUUUGCCACAGCACCUGUGACCUCAGAAAUCACUCAAGAACCAUUCACAGGAUCAAUGGCAGACACUACAACUGAAACACAAAAAGAUCAAGCUGAUGGUGGCUUUGUUGAUUGCUAUGUUGACUUCUCGGAAUAUUAUAAAGCCAUAGAAAUCUAUGGUGAAGAUUAUGUUAUAAAUUCUGUGCAAUUGUAGUAUAUCAAUGCUAAAGCUUUUUCAUGUCAAAUAGCCUGUCUAGGUUGGCUUGUAAAUUUCAUUUGUCAACUAUUAGAUUUGAAAAA